AUGUCAGAUAGGAGCGACACCUAUUUUGUGUACUAUUUAGUGCGGUACUAUGCGGUUUUGGACGAGGCCACAAAUGCUGCGCAUCUAAUUCGCCAGGUUUGUUUAUUUUUGCCUCUGUCUUUAUCAAAACGCUAGUAGGAAAGUGUAAGAAAGUAUGGAGUGGUAGUGUGAUUGCCAGGGAAACGUCACAUGGGUGUGAAUGUGGACUAUGACCUUAGUGUGAUCUUAGUGGCUGCAGCAGCGUGCUGUAUUUGAACUGGAUUGUUGUUGGACUUUUUGGACCGGUGUGUUGUUUCGGAUGGGAGGCGCCCCCAGUGUCGUCAUUCCUAUUUCUUGUCAACGUUUCCUGCUAUUCUAAACUUUUUCUUGGAAUUAGAAGCGGAAAAAAGGAAGAUGUCCGUGAAGGGAUUGAAGAAACAGUUUCACAAAGCAAGUCAGCGGCUUAAGGAAAAGAUCAAUGGGGUUGAAGGAACAAAACUGGAUGAAGAUUUCAUCCAAAUGGAAAAGAAAACUGAAAUCACCCACAAACUGAUUGCUGAUCUCAUUGCAAAAACCACAGAGUACCUUCAGCCAAACCCAGCAUAUAGAGCAAAACUUAGCAUGAUUAAUACAGUGUCCAGAAUCCGAAGGCAGGUCAAGACAGUUGGCUACCCCCAGACAGAAGGAAUUCUUGGAGACUGUAUGUUACGCUACGGUCAUGAGCUUGGGGUUGAUUCUGCAUUUGGCUGUGCACUGGUGGACAUGGGACUGGCCUUGAAGCAGAUGGCCCAGUUAAGAGACUGUCUGGAUGAGCGUGUCAAACAGAGCUUUAUCGAUCCACUUCAGAUUCUGCAUGACAAAGAUCUGAAGGAAAUAGCAUAUCAUCUGAAGAAACUUGAGGGUCGUAGAUUAGAUUUUGACUACAAGAAUGGCUACAAAGGAAGGAUUGCAGAAAGUGAGAUUAAUCAGGCAAAGGAGAAGUUUGAGGAGUCCAAGGACCUGGCAGAAAGAAGCAUGUUUAACCUUUUACAAAAUGAGGUGGAACAGGUGCAAAAGCUGUUAGGCCUUAUUGAAGCAACGAUGGAAUAUCAUAGUCAGUCCUCGCACAUUCUCGAGAACCUGAGAGUUAGUCUGGAGAACAGGAUUACAGAUGUCAACAACAGACCAAAGAGGGAAUUCACAUCCAGGUCUCUCACAAGUACAAUGUGUUACACAGACAAGUAUGGAUUUUCCACAAGUUCGUCUUAUGAUACUGAGAUAACCGAAGCUCCGAGUGAGAAAAAUGUCACUCCUGCAUCAAAAACUUCCUACCAGACAACAAUUAUGGGCAAUACUUCUGAACAUCCAGCUAAUACAGAUAAGUGUUAUUCAUCCUUAGACCAGCCCUGCUGUCGGGCACUAUACAACUUUAAACCUGAAGAUGACAAAGAGCUGAGCUUUAAGAAGGGUGACAUCAUUAUUCUAACUAACCAGGUUGAUGAGAACUGGUAUGAAGGACAGCUCAGUGGGGAGUCUGGAUUUUUUCCUAUCAGCUAUGUUAAGGUCCUUGUACCACUUCCACAGUGACACAAUCAAGCCAUAAAAUGAACUGCUGUAAAUGAAUGUUUGCAUUUAAUGAAUCAGAAUCUUUAUACAAAAAAACGUGUUUAUACAGUUUUUUCAGCUGUGCAAAUUUAAAUAUUUUGUAAUGACUUUACAACUGCAUAUGUGGUUUAAGUGUAACGACAAAUACUGGUAAUUAUUGAGGGAAUAAAGCUGUGUACUAACUUUAAGGUAAAUAUUUAAUUUAGAUAAACUGCAUAUUAACAGCAAUUACACUGCAUAAACAAAUGCAUUACAAAUGUAUUGUACUGUUAACCCAUUCUGCUGAUUUAAUACUGCAUUUUAUUAAACCGUAAUAAAAUCAUAUUACUGUAUGUAGCAUUUUUAAGUUAAGGUUUUUGACUU